CUCGCUGGGAUUUGACACAGCAACUAAGUUUGGAUGAAGUCAACGUGACCGAGUGAUAUUUUGUGAUGGGUUCUCGGACGUCAUUGUUUAACACCGAGGUAUAAAAGCCGGCCGGUCACUGUUUGUCUUUUGAGUCGAUUACUGAGGGAGAAAUGGACAUCAAGAGCCGACACAUUUAUACAAUGACCACUACACUUGCGUUUAUCAUCCUCAUCGCGUGCCCAAUCGCAUCCAGAGGGGCGAGAUGGACAUAUAGUGGGCCUGAUGGAGAACCCAACUGGCGCGCAAACUACCCAUACUGUGGAGGAACAUUUCAGUCACCCAUAGAUAUCCAAACACAGCUGCUAAGAUACGAUCCACAACUAUCACCCAUCCAGGUCCAAAACUACAACCUGUCUGCCAACGAACAGCUUACUCUUCACAACAACGGACAUUCUGUGAAGAUAUCUUUGCCGUCUCACAUGUACAUUUCCAGCUUACCUAACAGAUACUCAGCAGCUCAACUUCACUUCCAUUGGGGCUCAUCCAGUUUGCUUACUGGUUCUGAACACACUGUUAAUGGAAAACAGUUUGCGGCAGAGAUGCAUGUUGUGCAUUUCAAUUCUGAUAAGUUCCCCAACAUCUCCAUGGCAGUGGACAAAAAAGAUGGAUUGGCCGUGCUGGGAGUUUUAAUUGAGAUCGGAGAGUUCAACCCUUGUUUUGACAAAUUCUUAAAACACAUUGAUGGGAUAAAGUACAAGGAUCAGAAAAUAAAGGUUCCUGCCUUUAACGUCCGUGAGCUGUUACCAGACACUCUGAAUGAAUAUUACCGCUAUGAUGGUUCGCUGACAACGCCACCCUGCUUUCCUAGUGUGCUAUGGACGGUGUUUAGGAAACCUGUGACCAUUUCAUACGAACAGUUUUUGGCGCUGGCCACAUCUCUGUAUGCCUCCUCUGCUGAAGAUUCUGCUCCCGUGCCUCUCUACGGAAACUACCGGAUGCCUCAACAACCAGACAAUCGAGUGGUCCUGGUCUCCUUUAGUGAUGGUGAGUGACUGCAUGGUAUUUUUUCAGUGUCAUCCCCCUUUGAGAGAAGACAAGUUGUCCAGAAGCUUCUGGCGGGUGAUCUUGCUGACCUGGCUGAUGAGGGACUCUACCAACUUCUGCCAAAGCCCCAACCUGGAUUAAACAGCAAGUUGAAAACCACCAAAAGAUGGGGUCUUCAUAACCAAGCCAACAAAGUUCAAAGCAACACCGGUCCCAUUAGGAAGAACUUGCUUAGACACGGUUAUAAAGAUCUAUGCUUUAAAACCCUAGAGAAUGAUGUGUUACAUCAGAUACAGAGACAUAAUGCAAACGGUCAGAUGGUCGAGGCUUUGAGAGACGUCGUGUUCCCGGAGUUAAACCUCAGGAGUUUUUUGGAUUGCAAAUCUGAACUGGACCUCCAGACUAUAAGGCAACUCGUACAGGGAAGAUCUACGGAUGAGGCAGCUGAGCUCGAACAAUCGCUGACCAAAGCCAUGCGGAAACAGAUGAGGAAGCAUAGACAUCCAAACGCGAAAGCCAUUACGGGGCAUCCUCGAGCUACGUUCCUGAAGGACUUCAGCUUGUCCUCUGUCUACCACAAACCUCAGCAUGUUGAAUGGGAGGAUUAGAGCCUCAAACAUCCCUGGAAGCUUCGAUUUCUGCUGUAGUCAGCUACGCACACUUAGGAUUUAGUCAGCUCGGCUCCUAGGGCUCCAGCAUAAAGUUUGACUAAUAUUAAUUUAGUUUGACGGGACUCCUCCGAGACUAACAAGUUUUGCUUUUGUUGUUCUUUGAUGCAGCAUUGUGGCUACGACUUGAUCAAACAGAUGUUUGUUUUGUAGUUACUUCCUAGUUACUUUGAACCGGGUUGUGCGCUAGACACAACAUUUGCCAGACGUAAACGUGGAGAAACCACAAAAUAGACUUUACAUAGCUUCAACAUCUGAUUUAUCUGAAAGCUGGUCUUUGUGUGAUGACACUGCCUUUACUGUUUUACUGUAUGCACAAGAAAUACAAAAGCCCCAAAUUUUAGGGCUUAUUUUUAUAUUUUAUUAGGGAAACCUGAGCUGUAUGUCACAGUAAAUAUUUUCUUUUGCCAGGAGUGGUUAAGAGUCAUGCAAAAAUUAAAAGGCACAACGUUUGUAGUGUGAUCUGAAAACAGAAAGUCUUUUUGUAGACUUUUCCUAUUUAUAAAUUAUAUUAUACACAUGUGCUUUUGUUAAAUGUCUAGACUGCGCAUUGUAAAAUAAAAUCAUAACUUACUGUAAAUGGCAAAUAAUUGUAUCUUUCAACCAGUGUCGGCCAGUGACUUCUCUUGUGAGGGGUGUAAAUUCAAAAUAUGUGUUUGGUGCGUCAUAUGAACCUAUGUGCAUCAUGCAUCAUGUCAAAAUACGGGAGGGUUUAUGAUAAAACACUAACUUAACUUAUCUGGCAACGUGAGGUUCUCUUUUAUCAUAAACUCCUUUGAAACGUCUGCAGCAGGCAGGUAUUUUGGCAUGACGCGUAAUGCACAUAGGUUCACAUGACACGCCAAACACAUAUUUUGACAUGACGGGCUAAAUACAUGUUUUGAUGAGCUUUGCAUCGUGUGCACUCGGAAAAAGAAGUCACCGGCC